UUAAAGUUAAGGACAUUAGUAAAUUUGGAACCAAUAAUGCUAAAAUGGUUCCUUCAAAGAGUAAUGCUAAAGUGGUUCUUGCAGAGAUUGAUAUUAAAGAUAUUGAUGGAGUUUAUGGUCAUUUUUACAUUAAGAAUAAGGACGAACUUGAAGAAUAUGAGAUUAGAAAAUCUAAAGCUUCAGAUAAAUCUCGAGUUAGUCUAGUUAGUAAAACCAAUGAUGCCUCUGUCAUUAAUUGGCUUUUUAUAACCAUUGAUGAAGAUGUGUAUCUUGUAAAACAUAAAUAUAUUAAGGAGAAUAGAGAAGAGAAUAUAGACGUUGAGAUUCUUGAAAUGGCCCAAGAUAAAUUCUCAGCAAUUAAAUUGUUACUUAAAGAAAUAAUAUCCAAAUACAAUAACCAAAACAAAAAUGAAGAUAUUGAUAAAUUUGAUAAUGAAAUCAAGAAAUUUGACAAAGAAACAAAAGCGUAUGUUGACAUUCUUCAAACAGGAUUUCUUAAUUACAUUGUUUACUCCCAUCGCUCUGAUAAGGAAAAAAUGUUCAAUAAUGAAGUUGAAAAUGUUCCUAAUGGCAAUAGUUCAUCGAUCUUUUAG